AUGCGGAAGCGCGCAUCAUGGCUGCUCUUGUUCGCGUUUCUUUCGUUGUUCUCUCUUGCUCUAGCUAAAACACCAACAUCCUUCUGUAAAUGCACAUGCGCCGGCAACAGCACCAUCGUCGCCCUCGACGCCCCUACGACCUCCCAGAAGCCGUCGCCCGACCUCCGCGAGCGCGCGACAAGAAAGACAUGCAAUGACUGCAAUCGCCAAUUCUGCUUGGGUUAUUCGUUCUGCCAGGGCGUGAAGCAGGACCAGGUGUUCACAACAUGUUUCCAGAGAGACUCCGCGAAGGACCAAGCAGUCGUUUGGAUAUUUAUACUGGCUACAGUGGGAUUACUGAGCUAUGCGGGAGUGAGGCCUUGGAUUGAUCAGUGGACCGAGAGAGCUCGCCAGCGCCGAAGCUACGUUCCAGUCUCGGCGCAGUCGGAACAAUAA